AGAUAUCUAGAAAAAUUCGACUCGAUCCAGACGUGCCCUUAAAAUGUCAGGACGGUACAGAUAUCCCCCCAAAUGUCAGGACGGUACAGAUAUCCCCCCCCAAAUGUCAGGACGGGUAACAGAUAUCCCCAACAUGUCAGGACACAGUACAGAGAUAUCCCCCAAAUGUCAGUGGGACAGUACCAGAUAUCCCAACCCAAAAUGUCAGCGGACGGUACAGAUAUAUCCCCCCAAAUUGUCAGGACGCCGUACAGAUAUCCCCCGCCAAAUUGUCAGGACGGGUACAGAUAUCCCCCCAAAUGUAGUCAGGACGACACCAAUUCCCCCCCAAAUGUCAGGAUGGCACAAAAUUCCCCCCCAAAUGUCAAAUGGUACAGAUGAUCGUCCCCCCCCCCCAAAUGUCAGGGACGGUACAGAUAUCCCCCCCCCAAAUGUC